UUCUUGCCCUGUCUGCGCAGUCCAGCUUACCACCACGCUUCACGCCGCCCGCUGCCCUAGCACACUUCGCCGCCCGCUGCCAGCACAAUCCUCGCCGCCAAGCAGCCGCCUUCUGCGCACCGCCGCCGCCGCCUUCCGCUUCACAUCGCCGCCCCCGUUAGACCAUGGCCACCAUGGCAGGCAGCGUACGUGGCCAGCACCCGCCUGCGAGCAAGGCUAGGAGUAUGGCUGACCCGCCGCAGACACGAAAUCGCGACUUUGCCGGAGGCAUCUCGCUCAACAACACCGAGAGCGACCGCUCGGCCUACACAUGGGGCAACAGCAUCUGGAACUCGAAGCCCGUUGGCUCCAGCUUUGGCUCCGCGCCCCGCGACGGCUCACGGCCCAGAGACAGCAAUGCCCUCCCUGGCGCGACGGCCGAUGUCGCCGAGACCAAGACUGGCUCAGGGUCUCUCCUUUCCUCGUCUGAGUCUGAGUGGAGACAAAGUCGCCCGUCCAAUGUCUGGGGAGACAACUCACACAUCAGGAGCUCUGGCGCGUCCCCUGUACGUAAGCGAUCUGUUGCACAGAACCAGAACACCCCACAGUAUAGCGACAGCCCCUCGUCGCUCUUCCCCGUGUCCCGCGCCACGUCAGUAAACCACGGCCAGGGCAAACGAGCCUUGAAGCCACAUCUCGACCCCACCUCCUCCAACUUCACUUCGCGCAACGUCGACUCUCUAACCAAUGGCUUCUCCAACUUUGGGUUCGGCCAGACCGAGCUCAGCCCACAGCGAACCGAAAACUCUGUCCUGCCCUGGACAGACGGACCUGUUCACUCACCCAUCGACGACAGACGGAGCGCAAGUGGCUCCGAUCACUUUGGCACGACCAGUGGUGCCCCCUCCCGCAGUGGCAGUCUGCCGCCCUCAAGACACGGUGCCGACAGUGGCUUCAAUCCUUACGCCGACUCGUUCUCUCGACUGUCACAGCCGGGCGCACGUCAGACCUCUUCGCUGUCCCAUGCCAAUGCCCGUCCGUUCCAGGAGCGCAAUGGCUCCAUCCAGAGUGAGUCGUUUCAGCUUGCUCAAGUCCAGAUGAAACUCGAGCAGGACCUUGAACCCCGUCUUGGAGCACACAGGUCUUCAUUCAGCAUCAACGCAUUCACUCCGGCUUUCACACCCGCAGGUCAAGCACUGACUGACCCUCGCGAUCUGUAUCCGGACAGCCAACUGCCAGUCCAGCCCGAGACGCAGGGAUUCCGUACUUCGGGAACCUACACACCUGACAGCUUCACCAACAGUCAAGUCGGCGAUGCCAGCGUGCAGUUCCGAUCCGUCAGCUACGAUACUCGUAGCGCGCCAAAUGGUAACGCUGCAGUCCGACAAAGCCCUUUCUACUCGCACGCUCAUACGCCUCCAGUACAUGACUACCUGAACCCGAACUAUCGCGGCGACCAGGGACUCAACCAUCCGAACAACAUCGCACUUGUGCAGAACAAGCUGGCCGGUUACCAAAUCCAGCAGGAGCGUCGCAAUGUCGCGCCGCCUCAAUACUACCAACAGUAUCAACACAUGCUGCCGAUCAACCAGCUGCGCAAUCCCCAGGCCUACCAGUACACGAUUCCAAAUGGUAUGCCCAUAACUGCACUGCCGCCGCACAUGACCAUGGUGCAAAUGGCGCCUAUGAUGCCUGUUCUCGAGGCACCUCGAGGGCCCCGCAUGCAGCAGCAGCCAGCGGACAACAUUGGUGCCAUGAGUCUCGUGCUCGACUCUUUUAAGAAGGAGAGCAAGCAGAACAAGCGCUGGGAGCUGACUGACAUCUAUGAAAAUGUCGUCGAGUUUGCCGGAGACCAACAUGGAUCUCGCUUUAUCCAACAAAAAUUGGAGACUGCGAACAGCGAGGUCAAGGACCGCAUCUUCAGAGAACUCGAGAAGAACGCACUGCAGCUUAUGCAAGAUGUUUUUGGAAACUAUGUCAUCCAGAAGUUCUUCGAGCACGGCGACCAGGUCCAGAAACGCGUCUUAGCUGCAAAGAUGAAAGGUCAUGUGUUCGCCCUGUCAAACCAGAUGUACGCCUGCCGGGUUGUGCAGAAAGCACUCGAACAUGUGCUCGUAGACCAGCAAGCUGAAAUGGUGAAAGAACUGGAGAAAGACGUUCUCAAGACAGUCAAGGACCAAAACGGCAACCACGUUAUUCAAAGGGUGGUUGAGCGCGUCCCUAUCGAGUACAUCCAGCCGAUCGUUGAUUCAUUCAGAGGCCAGAUUGACAACCUCUCCACCAACUCUUACGGCUGCCGCGUCAUUCAGCGACUGGUAGAGAAGAUCCCCGAGCCGCAGCGCAGAUUCAUCCUCACCGAGCUUCAUGCCGCAGGGCCCAAGCUCAUCACCGAUUCUUACGGUAACUACGUCGUUCAGCAUGUCAUUGAGCAUGGUCUGCCGGAGGACCGCGCGAAGAUGAUCAACCUGAUCAAGAACCAAUUCCUCAUGUUCAGCAAACAUAAGUUCGCCAGUAAUGUUGUUGAGCGCUGCUUAGUCUGCGGGUCGGAGGCAGAGCGUCGUGCACUUGUAUCCACUGUGAUCACAAAGAACGAGCGCGGCGAAAACAACCUGCUCAGUCUUCUCAAGGAUGGGUAUGGCAACUAUGUGAUUCAGAAAAUGCUCGAGACUCUGACGCGCCCGGACUACGAAAUCUUCGUUGAUGCACUGAAGCCAGAGCUGGAGAAGGCCAAGAAGAUCAUCUCAGGCAAGCAAAUCCAAUCGGUUGAGAGAAAAAUGAACCGCUUCGAUCGCGCCGACUCUCCCGCCGACGAUCGUGAAGUUGCAUCGCCCACGCUGGGCUCCAGCUCGGCACAGUCACCGCAGAGCAGCACCCUCCCCUCCACCUCCGCGUCGACUAUUGACGAACCUGUACAUUCUGCGACCUCGACCUCCAAGACGCUUCCCUCCGUCAGUGAGGGAGCAAAAGCUGAGGAAGCAUCUUCUUAAACGACUCCUACGACUGUAAUGUUCACAAUGCGCAUCUUCAUUUCCCCAAGCCUGUGCACCUGCACCAGGCGGACCGACAUGUUUUAUUGUUCAUAUACCAUACUUUCUACAGUUCUGUCAUAUAUCAUCUCGCGCGCCA